UUAUCCCCUCGGCCGUCCACCAGCCGCGCCCCUCCAUUUUUCCCUCUCUCCUCUCACCCCUCCCACUGCUGCUAGCCUUUUGUGCUUAGCCACGCUACACUAACCAACUCCACCUCCAAGAACUGGGUCCGCCACACCACCGGAACCUAUCCAUCGGCGCUGUGCUCCGAUGAGCAGCUCCGAUCCGAUCGAUCACAUGUCGGUCAGCGAGCGGCUGCAGCGGCUGGCGACGCCGUCGGCCCCGGCGGAGGACGACGUGGACGUGGACGCCGACGGCGACAGUACCACUUACCGGGACAUCCACCCGUCGCCGGCGCCGGCGCCGCUGCGGCAGCCGUCCUGGGACGUGGCCAGCCAGCGCUCGCUGUCCUCCUACUCCGACGAGCAGUUCAUGUCCAGCAGCAUGGGCCGCGAGUUCAUGGCCAUGGCGGAUGCGGGGGGCGCGCCAGCCGACCCUUGCCCCGGGGACUCCGGCGCCGGGAACAACGACCUGCAGCUGGCGCGGAUCGGGGAGCACGAGCCCGUGCCGGAGACGGAGACGAACCCGCUGGCCAUCGUGGCGGACACCGGCGGCGCGCUACCACCGGCGCCAACGUCGUCGUCUUCGUGCGCGCCCGCGGCGGAGGUGGUGGAGGUGCGGCAGGUGAAGAAGGAGGAGGCGGAGGCGAAGGUGGCGGCGUGGCAGGCGGAGGAGGUGGCCAAGAUCAACAACAAGUUUAAGCGGGAGGAGGUGGUGAUCAACGGGUGGGAGAACCAGCAGAUCCACACGGCCGCCACCUACCUCAGCAAGAUCGAGAGGAAGCUGGAGGAGGAGCGCGCCAAGGCGACGGAGAAGGCGCAGAACGAGGUGGCGCGGGCGCGGCGGAAGGCGGAGGAGAAGCGGGCGUCGGCGGAGGCGGCGCGCGGGACCAAGACGGCCCGGGUCAUGGACCUCGCCAACUUCAUGAAGGCCGUCGGCAGGGUGCCCACCAAGCGCUCCUUCUUCUCCUUCUCCUCCUCCUCCUAAGAGCUACAUCUACAUGGUCGUCGUCUUCUUCUUCACCAACCAACCAUCAAUUUCCUACUCUUAUCUUUGAUCGACAUCCAUCUGUUACUGUAUGUAUUACUGAAUCCAGGGAUGUAACUGUACAGAGUUUAAAACAUCGGAUUUGCUGGCUUGUACUAUGACUGUAUAUUAUUGAGAACAUUUCCGUUAGAAGAUGGCUUUUUCUUCCGUAUCA